AUGACGUUGGGGCUAGCUUUCGUCAAGGCCGUUGCGUCCAGCGUGUUCUACAGCCCUUUCGCCAACGGGCUGUUCCUUGCUGGCGCGCGAGUGCUGCGCUACGGGUUCAAGACCCGAUUUGGCUGGGCGGAGUGGAGGCGGCAGCUGACGGUGUGCACGAUCCGAGACUUCGAGAUGUGGCCUCCGUUGCACGUCCUCAACUUCUGGUUGGUGCCCAAGCACUGGCGCCCCCUCGCCGGUCACCUAGCCGGAGUGGUCCUCCUGGCCGUAAUCUCGUGCACCGGUCUCACCGACGCCGGGCUGCCCCUGGGCCAGCGUGCCGUGCCUCUCAUGAUGAGAUGGGCGAGAGCCGUCGGGGGGCGGCUCAGCGGCAAGGGGCGGCGGGCCUCGGGCGCACCACCGGCGAAGCAAUAAAAAUCGCCUACGUAACCUUUUUUGUGCGUUUUUGUGAGUAAAAGCGGUGGGCUCUUCCCCUAGGUGUAGCCGUUCGUGAGGCUGAGCAGCCGGGGCGUUUUGCGUUGCGCCCUUUUCAAAGUCUGGACGUCUCAACUCUUCUGUCUCUGGAGAGUGGGUGCCCCCAUACAGAGGGAUGGGAGGGGAAGACGAAAGCUUCGAGCCUUUGGGUCUACCGUAGCGGGCGUGAUGUUCAUGUAGCGAGGCGGUGGUUACGCGGGAGCGGUUUCGACGAUGCGGUCUAGGGUGGGAUGGGUAGGGUGGAGGCGCUAGCGCGUUUGUUAACAGCAGAAGCAGCGGGAUUGUGACCCCAAUUUCUUGUUCAACUUGAAUGAGAGAAACACACAUGAGUGAGUGUUUUUUGGAAGAACGCUGAGAUUUUUCGCCCUCCCUCAAAGCGGGAAGAGGUAGGAGCGCGCGACGUGUGCCAGGGCCAUGUUCCAUGUUUACAAGAUCCUUCUUGGUUCAGUUUUCCCCUUUCUGCUGUUUGGGGAUGUUUUGUCCCGUAUGCAACUGGUAAAAUCAGUCGGAGAAGGAGACCAUCCCGAGGGGGGAUUGGGAUUGGGCGGAUGUCCUUGUUCGUGGUGUAGUUGAGGCAAACGGGUCCGGUCUGGUUGGCAGUCCUCUUGCCGUGUGGUGUGGUAGAGGUUUGCCAUGGUGUUCAUCGCAUGCAUUCAUGCGUGCGUGUGUUUGUUUGUGUUAUCUUUUUGCCACCGGGUGACCGGUUGUGCCCGAAAAGUCGGCUGGGUUAAUUUCGUGGGUAUUUUGAUUCCAUUCUUUAUUUUUUUUGUUGGAGGCGCUGGGAAGGGAUCGUUUUGUUUUUGUCAGUCACACACCGCAGUCCGGGUGGCCUCUCAUGCAAGGUUGUCGUGGUGCACAUUUUGUUCUUAUGUCAGGCGAACGUAGAGUAGCGCAGAAAAAAAUCCGGCGUUGGGUAUGCGGAUGCCGGUUCGUCGAGAACUUGUUUUUCAAUAAGGGGAAUCGUUCGGCCGUGUAAACAGCCGUUGGUUGGAACAAUGGGGGGUAACGUUGGGCCUAGUUUUCCCGCAGCAACCAACUUAAUAUCUACAGUGUAACUCGUACCUAAGGUAGGCCCUUGCGUAAGCAUAUGUGCGCCUGUCUUUUACUCUUAAUUCUGAUUUGACUCCUACGCGUGCUUCUUGCCUAGGAUCAAGAAUAGUUCGAACUGAACGUGCAAAGGCGAAACGCCCGUUCGAAUUUAUUCGGGGACAGUGCGUACGGUCGUUAAGCUCCCUUGAAUGGGAGGGGACAAGGAAGGUGACCCACCUCCUGCCCGCUUGGCUGGGUGUGCUUGACCCCCGCGAGUUCCUCGCGUUCUGAGCUGUGUUGGUCAUGGUGUGCUCUUGGAAUUUCCACGAGAUUGUGCCUCACCCUUCCUUGCCAUUUAGAUUUUCGUCAGAUUCUUUCAUUGCUCUCGGGGGGUACACAGCACGGGGGUACAUUGCUUUGAUUAUUUUGACACGUCGCAUGGAGUCUACCGAACUC